CAUGAUUCUUUCACAAGUUUAGUUAUGAUGGAAGAAGAGAGAGAACUAGAAAGAGAUUUUAAAGUCAAGGGAAAAUUUAAGAUAGAAAAUAUUGAAACAGCCAUUGUGCCAAGGAAUUGUAGCCAAUAGAAAAGGUGGGGCUAACGAUAUGCCAAGGAGGGGCCACAGGAGAGAGCAGACAGUGAAGAGUGUCACUUUGGGGAAGAGCAGGGCUGCGCAGGCUGGAGAAAGAAGGAACUAGUGAGCUUGGGUGUGAUGUAGGUAAUUUGUGGGGUUUGGGUGACAUGGUUGGGCAAAAAUUGUAGAAAUCCAUGCUGAUGGCCUUUAUUAGGUCUCUAAAGUAGAAGACCAGGGUGUGGACCUGCAGAGGACUCCUUGUAGAUAUUCUGGAGUCUUGCAACCAUUGCUAACAGAGGCCUCUCACACAUGCUCCAUAUCAGGGAACCCGCCAAGCUGGGCCCACCAGACUCCUGCACUGGACUCCUGCCAUCUGAGCCCACCCUAAUAAAGAACUCCUGGUAUUGUAUUCCUGUCCAAUGGGAGCUGCACAGCUACAUCCUCAUUUGCAAUUUACCAACCAAUCAGAGUGUAUCCAUAACAACCAAUGAGAACACAUGAUUCUGAUAUUUGAACCAAUCAAAUUGAGCAAAUUUGGAUUCAUUUGCAUAAAAGUGGACCAAUCAGGGGCCGGGCAGGAACUUUAGAUAAGGGGUGUCGCCUUGGUCUGGAGGAGCACACCUUUGGUUUCCUUCAGCAGCUGUGUCUCCUCAGUUGGCAAACUGUUCACCUGAAUGAAGUCUCCCCUUGUACUGCACCCCAGACUGGGGACUUUUGUUGGCACUUGCUGGGUGGAGAGACCUUCUGUUGACAAGGUCAACUGACGUUAAUUUCGUGGUUGGCCCAUCGUUUUGCCACCGUGGAGGGAUCCGCGUGUGCCGGUCCGUUCGGUCCAGUCUUUACCCCGUGGGCCGGGAGUGGACCUGCCUUCGUCCCGUGGUGACCAGACGAGCCCGCGGUCUGUCCUGUGGACAUUUUACUCUCCGGGGCUUGACGGGCUGGCUUGCUCUGUUGGGUUUUCCUUGGACUGUCUGCGGACCCGUCUCAUUUCCAGGUGCCGCAGCGCUGGUGAGGCUGAGGGAUGAAUUGGGCGUGUGGAGAGCAGGUUCAUCUCUGCACUAGACUAUGAGCCCCUUGGCAGGAGGAGUCGGGUCGUACUCAUCUCUAGGUCCCCAGCGUCCCCUGCAGUUCCUGGUGCAGAGUUUAAGCUGAAUUUUGGGACAUGGCCACUGCUUCCCCAAGGUCUGACACUAGUAAUAACCACAGUGGAAGGUUGCAGUUACAGGUAACUGUUUCUAGUGCCAAACUAAAAAGAAAAAAGAACUGGUUUGGAACAGCAAUCUAUACAGAAGUAGUUGUAGAUGGAGAAAUUAAGAAAACAGCAAAAUCCAACAGUUCUUCCAAUCCCAAGUGGGACGAGCAGCUGACUGUGAGUGUGAGCGCACAGAGCACGCUGGAGUUCCGGGUGUGGAGCCAUCACACCCUGCGGACGGAUGCUCUGUUAGGAAGAGCGGCUGUGGACCUGAGGCAGGCUCUGUUAACACACAACCGAAAGUUGGAAAGAGUGAAAGAACAAUUAAAACUUUCCUUGGAGAACAAGAACGGCGUAGUGCAAACUGGCGAGUUAACGGUGGUGCUGGACGGAUUGGCGAUUGAGCCAGAAAAUCUGACGAGCUGCAGCUCGGCCCCAACCAUAGAAAUACAGCAGAAUGGUGAUGCCUUACGUGAGAACGGAGAGCCUUCGGCCAGGACGAGCAGGUUGGCUGCUGAAGGUGCAGGUGGAGCAGACAGCCGAGCGCCCACCCACGCUGUGGUGCAGAACUGCUAUUCCCGUGUGGCGAACGGAGGCAGCGCACCUUCCUCUCCGGCUCCGGCUCCAUCUCCGGCUGCUGCCAGACCACGAAACACACCAGCUCCCAGACCGCGCACAGCUGAUCCCGCCGGUGACACUGCUAAUGGAGAGUCGUCCUCACCGGCAAGGGCACCGCAAGAGGACGCUCCUGCCCCCGGGCAGGCGGGGGUCCCUGAGGAUGGUGCCUGGGCCUCAACUUGCCCUGGAUCCACUGGUGAGCAGGCCCCGGGCCCAGAAGCGCCGGCGCCCUCAGAGCGAAAUGGCUGCGUCCCCCCUGAUGGCGCGGCACUCGGGGGCGACCUGGACACUGCAGCCUCUGCCUCUGGAAGCAGCUCGGCCUUGGAAGCAGCCAAGUUGCGGCAGCCAGGUGGGAGUGUGGAGCCUGGGAGGAACGCCAGUCCAGAAAGCCUGCCCUCGGGGUGGGAACAGAGGAAAGACCCUCACGGGAGAACCUAUUACGUGGAUCAUAACACUCGAACGACCACGUGGGAGAGGCCACAGCCUUUACCCCCAGGCUGGGAGAGAAGAGUGGACGACCGGGGCCGGGUCUACUACGUGGACCACAACACCAGGACCACCACGUGGCAGCGGCCGACCCUGGAGUCCGUGCGGGACUUUGAGCAGUGGCAGUCUCAGCGCAGCCAGCUGCAAGGCGCCCUGCAGCAGUUCAACCAGCGCUACCUCUACUCGGUGAGCAGCCCCGGCCGCCGCCCGCCCUCCUUCCGUUCUACCGCCUUCCCUCCACCAUGUUCUGUUUUGCCCAGGUCACGGAGGCGGCCUUCCUGUCGGGGAGCUUACAGUCUGGUAGGGGCAGGUCACCUGCUGAAAAGAACUCCAGGCUGCCGAGCGGGACAGAGGGAACUCGGGCUCUGCCGAGGCGGAGCUGGACAGCCUGCAGACAAGGAGCGUGCAGGUGGCGGCACGGCCCUGUGUUCCCAGCCGGGCUGGCAGCGCUGUGCGUGUGUGGUGUGUUUCGAGCCCUCGUGCGUGUGGACACUGGCAGGGACUCACCUUGUCUCCCCUAGGGAAUGGUUUUUCUUGCUCUCCCACGAAGUCCUGAACCCCAUGUACUGCUUGUUCGAGUACGCGGGCAAGAACAACUACUGCCUGCAGAUCAACCCCGCGUCCACCAUCAACCCGGACCAUCUCUCCUACUUCUGCUUCAUCGGCCGCUUCAUCGCCAUGGCACUUUUCCACGGAAAGUUCAUCGACACUGGCUUCUCCCUGCCCUUCUACAAGCGCAUGCUCAGUAAAAAGCUGACCAUCAAGGAUUUGGAGUCCAUUGACCCUGAGUUCUACAACUCCCUCAUCUGGAUAAGAGACAACAACAUUGAAGAAUGUGGCUUAGAAAUGUACUUUUCCGUGGACAUGGAGAUCUUGGGAAAAGUGACCUCGCAUGACCUGAAGCUGGGAGGUGCCAGCAUCCUGGUGACCGAGGACAACAAGGACGAGUACAUUGGGCUGAUGACCGAGUGGCGCUUCUCGCGUGGCGUGCAGGAGCAGACGCAGGCCUUCCUGGACGGCUUCAACGAGGUGGUGCCCCUGCAGUGGCUGCAGUACUUCGAUGAGAAGGAGCUGGAGGUGAUGCUGUGCGGCAUGCAGGAGGUGGACCUGUCCGACUGGCAGAGGAACGCCGUGUACCGGCACUACACCCGCAACAGCAAGCAGAUCGUCUGGUUUUGGCAGUUUGUGAAGGAGACGGACAAUGAGGUGAGGAUGCGUCUGCUGCAGUUCGUCACGGGGACCUGCCGCCUGCCUCUGGGAGGCUUCGCCGAGCUCAUGGGAAGUAAUGGGCCUCAAAAGUUUUGCAUUGAAAAAGUUGGGAAAGACACCUGGUUACCAAGAAGCCAUACGUGUUUCAAUCGCUUGGACCUGCCACCGUAUAAGAGUUACGAGCAACUGAAGGAAAAGCUGCUUUUUGCCAUAGAAGAGACCGAGGGGUUUGGACAAGAAUAGAGGAGCUGUGGCCGGAGGCUCUGCGUCCGCACCUCCGCAAAUAUAAAUGGUUCCGUUCUCACACAGAAUAUGCAAAAGAACUCUUCCUUUUCUACUUUAUUUAUUGUUCCCUUGAACUGACAGACCAGGAAAACGAUCUCCCUUAAAUUUGGAAGUGAGAGACUUUAUUAGAAAUGAGUAUCUACGUCAGCGGGCUGCAGCGGCUCUAGUUUUAUAGAGCUGCUCGGCGACACGCCAGCUCCUGCCCAUGACUGGAGGCUCCUCCUCAGCUCUGCCCCCCGUGACAUCUCCGCAUGGUGUGGGGUUCAGGAAGGUGCUGAGGCCGAGGCCAGAUCUGAGGAUGUGAACUGUGCUGCUGGCUGUUCUGAAGACGGUGCUGGAGCCCGUCAGUCUGUUCCAAUUAAAUGCGAGUGGAGAGUGCUCACCGCACUUAACCGAGUCCCCUGACCAGACCCAGCGAGGGCCUGGAGGUGUGCGUACUCCUCCAGGCGCUAGCAUCUGUGGGACUGAAGACGCGGGCGCGCCUGCACUGUUCUUAAAAAUGUGAUGGGCUUUCAGUUUAAUUCAUAAUAAAUUGAUGCCAUUUGAUCCUGAGGGACAUAUAAAAGGUAAUGUGAACUUUUCCACUUCUAUUUGUGUUCAUAGUUUUGGUUCCUAAAACCAUACGGAUGGAAGAGUUUGUGAGCAUCUGACUUCAAACUAAUGAGUCUAAUGAUUUCCUAUUAGUGUCUUAAUAUCUCCAUUCCUUGAAAAUUCAUGAAAAAUUCUAUGUACCUGAAUUACAUAAGCAGAUAAAAAAGUCUUUUGUCCUUCCCCCCUUUCUAUAUAGAUCAUUAUUUUUGUCCUAAGUAAAUACUUUUUAAUUAUUUUUCAUUAUCAAGGGCAUUUGCUGAACUACAAACAUGUAUAACAAAUUAAAAUCUGAUGUGAAUGACAUUAAUGCUACUUUAGCAAACGGGGGCUUCCUUAUUAAUACAAAAAUUUAAAUUUGUAUUAUUUCAAUAUGCACUGUAAAUUAACUUAAAAUUUUUUAUAACCACGGAAGUGACACCUUAGAAUGUUAAUAUAUUUCACUGCUGAGUACAUAUGAAAAAUAUUAGUAUACAAUUUAAUUUCCCUAAACAGUUUGUGUUGCCAAAAUUUUAUUUUUCUAUAUAUUACAUUGUGUUCUGCAUUUUUUCAAAACUCACAGUAAAGAUGCAAUAAAGGCAGUGAUCCACGUG